AUGGGAGGCGGCUGGUGGUGGGUUCGGGCUGCCCGCCUUGCCCGACUCCGCUUCCGGGGGGCGCUGCUGCCGCCACCACGGCCCCGGAGCGGGGGCUCCCGGGGGUCCUUCGCCCCCGGCCACGGUCCCCGCGCCGGGGCUUCGCCGCCCCCCAUGUCUGAGCUGGACCGUGCGGACGCCUGGCUUCUCCGGAAGGCGCAUGAGACAGCCUUCCUCUCCUGGUUCCGUAAUGGCCUCCUGGCCUCAGGCAUUGGAGUCAUCUCCUUCAUGCAGAGUGACAUGGGCCGGGAAGCUGCCUAUGGUUUUUUCUUGUUGGGCGGCCUGUGCGUGGUGUGGGGCGGUGCCUCCUACGCUGUGGGUUUGGCUGCCCUUCGGGGACCCAUGCAGCUCUCACUGGGGGGCGCUGCCGUGGGGGCGGGUGCUGUGCUGGUAGCCAGCCUACUGUGGGCCUGCGCUGUUGGCCUCUACAUGGGCCAGCUUGAGCUGGACGUGGAACUGGUACCAGAGGACGACGGGACCGCCACCACCGAAGGCCCUGAUGAGGCGGGCCGGCCACCGCCUGAGUGA